AUGGACAAUAGAGGAAACACGGCAUGCCUCAAGAAAAAAAAAGAAUUUGAAGGGAUGGAAUUUGAAAAAAAUGAAUCGGAAGAAAGAAAAAUCUACUUCCUCGGCGGGGAUAUUACAGAAGGAGCAGAUAAAGCACUAAUGAACUGCUGCAUUAAGCUAAAAGACGUUAUGCAAAGGGGAGGGAGCACAAGAGUAAGACUUCUCUGUGAUAGUGAAUUUCUGACGGAAAGGACAAGGAAAAUAACUGAAGUGGUAUUCUUGGAUACAGAACUCAAACUUGAAAUAUACGACAUGGAUAGAAGGAAACAGAAGGCUAAGGGAAAGAAGUACGAAGACCUGUUAAAAGAGGUAAGAGGGAAGUUUAAAGCCAAGGAGGUUAAAAAUUAUAUAAGAGAUCUCAAAAGAACCAGGAAUGGGGACCUUCUGAUUACAUUAAACAGGAAUGAGGACCCGGAGGGACUCAAAAGUAUUAUAUCGAAGAAGUGGGACGGAGACUCCAUUAAAAAUGCAGGAGACAAUAAAAUACCAAUAUACAUACAGGACAUAGACGCUAUCACCACUCAGGAAGAAGUUGAGGCAGCAAUAAAAACCUUAGUCGAGGGCGCCAAAAUGGAAGUUAAGCCAUUGAGACAAAUUGCAGGAGGCAGACAAACGGCAAUGGUAAUGGUGGACGAGGAAAGCGCCAAGGAAAUUUUAAAAGAAGGACAUAUUAAAAUAGGAUGGGCAAGCUGCAGGGCUAGAGAAAGGAUAGUGUUCGAGAAAUGCUAUAAAUGCUGGAAGAUGGGACAUAAGGCCUCGGAGUGUAUAGGACCUAGUAGAGAGGAUAGAUGUAGAAAAUGCGGCGACAGAGGACAUUACAUGAGAGACUGUACGAAUCAUAUUCCGUACUGCUGGACAUGUGAAGAACAAGGUCACAGUAACAAUAGAUGUCCUAAGUAUCAAAAAGCCCUCAGAGAAGAAAUUAGGAGGGCAAAUUCAAACUACAUACACUAA